AUGGACUUUGACGGGGACCAGACUUCUUGGAACAUUGAUGACACUCAUGUGAAUGUGCGGAAUGGCCCCCAUUCCAGAUGCCCGGAAGUGGAGCUGCGGACGGUGUUGGCCUGGAUCCUGUUGUUGCAGCUUUUCAGCGCUUCAGUUUCGAGUCACAGCCUCAAAGCUACUACCUUGUCUUGGUGCGCGAGGUUCGGUCUGAGCCCAGCAGUAAGAUCUCUGUUAGGCCGCCAUGCUUCGAGCUUGAAUGAGACCUAUGCCAUUUAUUCCAGGGAUUUGGCCUGCUCACCGGUGGCCGAGCUUCAAAAGGUGAUUGACUCAAUUGCGGAAGGGAGCUUUUCGCCUGAUUCUCAGCGCUCCGAAUUCUUCAAGGCGUAUCAAGAGGUUGGGUCACAGGAAUUUCAUGAUGGACUGGUUCAACAAGCAGCUGAUGAUGCAGCACCUAGCCACGCUGAGGGUGAAAGCAAUGUUAGCCUGCUCCUGGAAUGCUCAGGGGGUGGUGUCGACCUUGCGGGACCUGACCAAGACAGCCAGGCACCACUGGAUGGCGACGAGCUGGCUGCAUCUGAGGCAGCACAGCACGAGUCAGGGCCUGAGGAGAGUUCAUCAUCUUCUGACUCCGAUGGGGCACUCUCCUCAGCUGAGUCAGCGGCGCCAGGGGUAAGGCUGCCCGUUUGCCUAGUGUCCUUGCUGAAGCCAUUCGCUUCCUUGCGACAAAUUCUGAAAGACGGCUUGACCGUGAGCUCACCGACUUCACGAAUGUCGCCCGAGCACAUCGUGCGAGUCACUGCUGCCAUCUCAAUGGCACUUGCCUUUUUAGAACCAGCUGACCCUGACGUCGUGGCCGCGCAGAACGCACAAGAGCGACGUAUCUGCGACUUUGACAGAAUGAUUGUCGCGUGCCGCUUCCUCCUUGAAGUAUGCGGCCAGACAAAGUACCUUUGCUCCAUAUACGACCUUUGGCACCAUGCAAGUCAGUCACUGUAUUUGCUGGAACGAAUGUUGUGGCCUGGACAGCCUCCAGAAACUCCUUUACAUUUGGUGUUGCCGCCCCAGGGUCGGCCGAUGACAGAGAUCCUUUUGGAGAACCAUGCCCAAUACCAUGAUUCAAUUUUCCAAGCGGUGCCGGCUCUCGAGACCUUUAUUACAUGGUUUGAACAACAAUACGAUACAGCGCUGCACGCAGAUUUCCAUGCUACAUUGACAGAUGCUAUGUUGGUGCUUCGGACUGCCGAGAUGAUGAUCCGCAUGAAGCGCCGCUGCGACACCCUUGCUCCUCAAGACCCAGCACCUGCAGCUGCUCUUGCCGCUGCGCCCCAGCAAUCAGCAGCCUCGGCAGCCGCUACCAAUGCAGCACCUGAAAUCUCCGGCGCCACCGGCACACCCUUGGAGUUUUACUGA